GUUUUCUGGGGAAAAGUAUUUCUUGGCCUCGUUCUUUCAACGUUGCUGGAAAGUGUUUGCGAAGGAUUACUUCUUGAUUUAUGGGCCUAAAGAGCUAAAAGUGGAAACUCUUGAAAGCGACUUGGAGGAUCGACUGUUGAGACGAGAGGUCGACGUUGACAUCUCAACCACAACAAACUAAUUUGAGGUUAUGCUGUUUUCGUACUAGAAUGGCGCAGGGCCACGUUCAAAGGGUGCGGCUACUUUACAAAACCAUUCUCAAGCUUCACAGAGGCUUGCCUCCAGAACUACAAGUACUGGGGAACUCCUAUGCAAAAGAUGAAUUUAAGAGGCAUAAAAACUGUAAUUCAGCAGAGGCUGCUGUUUUUAUGAAUGAAUGGACGAAGUAUGCCUUGGACAUGUCAGAGCAGCUAGGAUUGAGAGGACCCAAAACAGCUCGUGAAAUUGGAGACAACUUAGAUGAAGAAGCUCUUAAUCAUUUACGAGAUGAACAGAUAGCGCAAUUAUAUGAAUUACAUCUGGCAGCCACUUCACAGUCAAAGGAAGAAAAAACAUAGUGUCACUUUUAUGUCAAUAACUAGUGUAUUGUAUGUAUUCUAUCUCCUUCAUGAGUAAAUCAGAUCAAAAUAAUACUUUCUAUUCAGAGCUCUAGGUAACGAUCAUUGUAUAAAGUUGUACGAAUGUACGUUUUGUAAGUCGAUUUCUGUGGCAAAUAUAAAAGCCUGACAGGCAACAACAACAA